GAAGUUUACUCGAUGCUGGUUCCGUGCGGCUGAGCCAAACUUUUACCCCCCCUUCGGCUCCAGCUCCAGCGGCGGCGGAGGCGGCACCGUGGACCGGGACUCAGGGAUCCAGCGGCGGCAGCUCCAGCUCCAGCAGCAUCCGGGAGGAAUAACUUGACAUCGGGGAUCGCAGAGGAAUUUCACUCCCGCACCCCCCCCCCCCCCUUCUCCCCUUUCCCUUCUCCUUCUCUUCCCCGCGCCUCCUCCGGGGUUUUUCUUCUUCUCUCCGGGAUCCGCGAUGGGGAAGGAGCAGGAGCUUCUCGAGGCGGCGCGCACGGGCAACCUGGCCGCCGUGGAGAAGCUUUUAUCCGGGAAGCGACAGUCAGCGGGCACCGGCGGCGGGUUGUCGGGCAUCGGCGGAGGUGGCAGCAGCGGCGGCCACGGAGCCUCCUCUCACCCGCUCUCCAGUCUGCUCAGUAUCUGGAGAGGCCCCAAUGUGAAUUGUGUGGACAGCACUGGAUACACCCCCCUCCACCACGCUGCCCUGAACGGACACAGCGAGGUGGUGGAGGCGCUGCUACGAAACGAGGCCUUGACCAACAUCGCCGACAACAAGGGCUGCUACCCGCUCCACCUGGCGGCCUGGAAGGGGGACGAGCACAUCGUCAAGCUGCUCGUCCACCAGGGGCCCUCGCACCCCCGACUCAACGAGCAGAGCUCUGUAGACCAUAAAGAGUUCAAACGCUGUGGGCCCUUUGACCCAUAUAUUAAUGCCAAGAACAAUGACAACGAGACGCCGCUGCACUGUGCUGCCCAGUACGGCCACUUCCAGGUGGUGCGGCUGCUGCUGGAGGAGUUGACGGACCCCACCAUGAGGAACAACAAGUUCGAGACCCCACUGGACCUGGCGGCGCUCUACGGCCGCUUGGAGGUGGUCAAGCUGCUGCUCUGUGCCCACCCCAACCUGCUCAGCUGUAACACCAAGAAACACACGCCGCUGCACCUGGCCUCUCGGAAUGGACACCUGUCUGUGGUGGAGGUGCUGCUGGACGCCGGCAUGGACAUCAACUAUGAGACGGAGAAAGGCAGCGCCCUCCACGAAGCGGCCUUGUUCGGGAAGGCGGAUGUGGUGCAGAGACUUCUCAGUGCAGGUAUCGACGUGAACAUCACCGACCAGAAGGGCCUCCCAGCGCUGGACACGGUCAAGGACAUGCCCUCCCAGAAGAGCAGAGAAAUAGUUGCUCUCGUUUUAGGUCACAUGGCUGGGAAACCCCCUGACAUCGACCUCCCCCCUCCGCCAAUACCACCGCCUCAGGAGAGUCCCAGCCCACGCAGAAAGGGUGAAAUGGAGAAGAUGAGCGAGUUGAUCUCGGGGCUGGCCCCGGGGCCCGAGGAGGAGAGCCCAUACGAGGCUCUGUAUGAAGCCACGUCCUGUCACUCUCUGGACAGUCUCACCAGCGGCAAGUCCUCUGACAGAGACUCUGGACGGCCGGAUAGUGAAGCUGGCAAGAAAGAUCGUCUGGUCCACACAUCACAUCCUGGUCCUGGUCAUGAAGAGGAGGCGAGCUCAGAGGCGCUGUAUACUAACAGCAUCAUUGAUGAGAGAGGCGAGCCGGUGGAGGAGGAGGAUCACACGUACGAGUUGUUGUUGUCUGCACAGACCAAAGUCCCGCUGCCCAGCAAGGAGUCCCACUCCCACAAAGAUGAGAAUACCACUGCACAGUCUUCCAACAGUGUCCUACCUCAGCGUAAACCCACUGCCCCAAAUGACCUCAAACCCCCGAGCAAGACGAAAGACUCCCUGCACCUCCCUGGACAGUUGGGCCCACGGCUACCGGGAGAUAACUCCCAGCCCAGCCAGGAGCCAGGUGUCCCGGAGGUGUUCACUGGCCUCCUGCACGGAUCCUCUCCUGUCUUCGACUCCGGCGAGGAGCCCUUCAGGCUCCCAGGUGUUCCGCUCCCCGCCAAGGGCCAGGAAAAAUCACGGAAAACUGCCAAAGUAAAAGAGGAAGUAGUAGCCGCAGCCACGCCGCCACCUAGCCGUCCCAGUAUGGCGGCCAUCCUCACGGACUGUGACCCAAAAGCGAUUUAUGCAACUGUGAUCAAGGAACACAGGGACUCUGGGGCCGGGGCUGUGUCUGCCGGAAGGAUGCGCCCCCCCGGGGACCUGAAACUGGCACGCAGCCUCUCCAAGUCUGACUCAGACUUACUGGUGUCGCCUCCCAGUGAGGAGGACGGCGGACUGGGGAACCGUAGCGAGUCUGUUUCUAACUGUAGCACUGGAAAGAAGAGGCUUGAGAAAUCUCCCUCUUUCACUUCAGAAUGGGACGAGCAGACACCGACGACCUCUCCCACCUCAAAACAACGAAGAUCUAAUUCCGUUGACAGCAUCGAGAAGAUCAUGACGCUGAUUGGUGCCGGCAUCGAAUCAUCCAGAGAUCAGCAAUAUGCUACGCCAGGUGCUGCGGGCCGGCUGCUGGACCAGCCCGUGGGAGACUGGCUGGAGCACGUGGGGCUCCCGCAGUACGAGAGCAAGCUGCUCCUCAACGGCUUCGACGACCUGCACUAUAUGGGCAGUAAUGUCAUGGAGGACCAGGACCUGAGGGAGAUCGGGAUCCAGGACCCAAGUCACAGAAAGAAGAUCCUGCACGCAGCACGUUCAUUACCUAAGGUGAAAGCUCUGGGCUGUGAUGGCAGCAGCUCCCUCUCCUCCUGGCUGGACAAUCUGGGACUUCAAGAGUACUUGAACAACUUCCUGACCAGCGGCUACCGCACUCUGGACUGUGUGAAGAACCUGUGGGAGCUAGAGAUCGUCAACGUGCUGAAGAUAUCCCUCCUGGGUCACAGGAAACGCAUCAUUGCUUCUUUAGCAGAGAGACCCUACGAGGAGCCUCCGGUCAAACCUCCUCGCUUGUCUCAGAUCAGGUGCCAAGACCUGCCUGGAUCCCACACCUCGUCCCCCCUCAGUCAGAUGGAUUCCUACGCAGGUCGAUCCAUGGACCCUCUGCUGCCUGUAGUAGAGCCAGGGAGGAAAAAAGUGCCAAAUAACGACUACGACGUGACCCAAAGAUAUCACAGUGAACGACACAGAUCUCAUGAGCGGCAUCGAGAGCCUCGUCUGACGCUGCGUCCUCCCAGUCUGGCUGCGCCCUACGCCCCAGUCCAGAACUGGCAUCACUCACCGGAGAAGCUCAUCUUCGAAUCCUGUACUUACGAAUCCAGUUACCUGGGGUCCAUGCUCAUUAAGGAGCUGCGGGGUACCGAGUCCACGCAGGAUGCCUGCGCCAAAAUGCGGAGGUCGACGGAACAAAUGAGGAAGGUCCCGAGCAUCCUCCUCUCCAUCACCUACAAGGGUGUGAAGUUCAUCGAUGCAGCCAAUAAGAACAUCAUCGCAGAGCACGAGAUCCGGAAUAUUUCUUGUGCAGCCCAGGACCCAGAGGACCUGUGCACGUUUGCCUACAUCACCAAGGACCUGCAGACCAGCCACCACUACUGCCACGUGUUCAGCACAGUAGACGUGAACUUGACCUAUGAGAUCAUACUGACCCUGGGUCAGGCGUUCGAGGUGGCCUAUCAGCUGGCUCUGCAGGCCCAGAGGACCAAACAGCACCAGAGCCUCCCGGUGGGACCUGAGAUCACAGAGAUCAUGUCCAGCCGACCGGUUCCCAAACCACGAGGCAGCGUGCGGAAGUCGGGGGGGGACAUCGUGGACCAGGAGGGCGACGCCCAGUCCCAGGGCAGCGCCACGUGGCUCGUGGACCCCAAGGAAUCCAAGCGCACUAUCAGCACCAACUGAACACUGUGGCCACUCCCAAGCCAAGUAAGAAAGAGCCCUGUUGUCGUGGUGGGUUUGUUUUGUCGUUGGGAAAGUGACCCACUAACCACGCAGCAGAUCACAUCACCAGUCGGGAGGUUCCCGCCACAGUAACGCACGGGCCCGGAGACUCUCAACACUGCAGGCUCCCUUCACCUCACACACAAACACACAUCACCCCACACACACACACACAAACACACACACACACACACACACAUCACCACACACACACGCCUCCAUUUAGAUUCCUGCUCAUCAGCGGAUGGUCCUGCAGGUUUCAACGCUCAACCUGUCAUUAAAAUGGAAGCGACUGAUUUCUCUGUGUUGUUGUUGUUCUGAUACAAAGGUACAAGUUGUCGGUAAGAGACCUCACACUGUCGGUACGCCCCCCCCUCUCCUGGAUUAUCUGUCCCUUAUCCAAACACUGGAGCGUCUCUUGACGACCACGAGCUUCUCAUCCACAACGUGCGUGUAUAACUGUGAUAAACGGGAGGAACUCUCGAGCCGACGAGGAAGCGACACUACAAACACUGUUUCACGGUGAUGUAACAGGGGGGUGGCUUUUUUUAUGAUUUGAAAAGUGUCUCUCUUCUUGUUUUUUGUAUGUUUUAAUUGUUUUAUAGGACAGUGACGUGUCCUAAUGCAGGAACUGGAUCAGGCGUGGUUCUCGCUCUCUCUCUCCCUCCCUGCGUCUUUGUUAAUCUAGACACGAUUUUUCACCAAACCUGCCACACAGGCUGGUACGUCUCAUAGUUUGUAGCCUCGGAACAGAACAAUAGGGCAAGUCUCUCCCAGCUAACUCCCCAGUGCACUGACUGUUAAUGGUACUUUCUCUUCUUUUGUCGGCUCAUGUGUAUAUGGGUUGGUAGUCAGGUGUUUUUUUUGUUUUAAUUGUUGUAUAUGUGUUACCUUGUCAGGCCAGUUCGUUAACUCUAUGGUACGCUGUGUUCGACUCGCUGGUGUUGGCCUCUUCAGCCAUCGGCCUGCUCCCGUUCUGCUUUGCACAUCACUGAGGAUCAGGAGAUAGAGAUAUUUCUGGGACUAGCCUGAUGACAACAAUGAUGAGAAUGAUAUUGUACAUGAAUCUAGCAGUCUGUAUUUUGAUACUUGAAUGAUUUUUGCUUUUAUAGAUAUAUAUAUAUAUAUAUAUAUAUGUAUAUGUAUGUAUGUAUGUAAUUUUUGACGUUUGUCAAAAGAGAGAAAAGGACUAUGUCUUAUAAAGUUAAACAUAUCGUGAAUAAAUACCCUGUGAUAAAAAAAAUAAAGGUUAAAUAAACUAUGACUCAGAAGAGGGACCUCACUUCAGAAAAAAAAAAAAGAUUGUACAUAAUCUUGGGCUUCCAGUCUUUUUUUAUGAAUAUUUUUCAUAAUUGUUCAACUAAUAAAUGGCUCAAUUAGAAAACCUG